AGUUGGCCAUGUCACGCAACAGUCGCCUCCCCUUGCGAACUUUUUUUUGUCCCCCUUUUUUCUGAUUCCCGUCUGCUCCUUGAACUUCCUCCCAAAACAGUUUGGUAAUCCUUUAGGAUAAUAGGAAGCUUCUUAACGUAUUUUAAACCAAUUGUUAGUGAUGACUGCCGGCGUGUUAAGUUGUUAUGUUUUCAAACGGAUGACAAUUGAGAUUAGCUAGCUUUGUAUCUAAAUCUACUGCGUACUUUGAGGCUAUGAAUAAAGCCACGAAUUUCUCUCAGAAAGAAACCGUUUGAUUAGUAGCCUAUUAUCAUGUACACUUCAGCAUAUAGAUCUGCAGUGAUACACCAAUGUUAGUGUUCGGUUGGAUGUACUUAUGUUGGAUCCAUUCAUUAGUUCUCUAGGUCACGUGCGAUUCAGCAGAUUCGAUUGUAUCAGGCUGGAUUGAGGAGGAGUUUGAUUAACCAAGUAAAGAAACCGUUCGAUAGACUGCAUAUGUCUAGAUCGUGUCUUUCUUGUGGGAUAUAUUGAGAUCAUUUCAUAAACUGGGAUAAAUCACUACAGAUGAAACCAAGAGUGUACCACUAAGUCAUCAUGGAGGUCAACAAUAGCGGUAUUGCGUUUGACUCAGGCGAUGCCACCAAUAUGACCCUUUGGACCAACAUGUCCCACUGGACCAACAUGUCCCACUGGACCAAUGGGAGCCUUGUCAUCCCACCAGCUGGGGCCACAAUAGCUUCACCAAUUAUAAUGUGUUUGGCAGGAGUGAUGGGCAAUAUCCUGGCUCUCAUUAUACUCCACCGGACCCGACUGGAGUCCCAGAGGCUCAUGUUCCACAGUUUGGUGGCAGGACUUGUCUGGAAUGACUUGAUUGGCAUCAUACUGACCACGCCUGCAACCUUAGCCUCGUACAUCAAUGACAUGAAGAUGCCAGGUGGACACCACCUAUGCAAAUUUAACGGUUUUGCCAUGGUUUGUUUUGGUUUGAGUACGCCCCUGAUUGUCAGUGCCAUGGCCAUUGAGAGGUUUCUUUUUGUUAAAUACACUUUUUUCUACACCAAGCACUGCGCUCCUGGGGCGGCACGCCUAGUGAUUCUAUGCAUUUGGGGCUUCGUCCUGUUCUUUGGUCUGCUGCCCAUGUUCGGGUUUGGAGACUAUGUUCUACAAUAUCCACAGACCUGGUGCUUCAUGAACUUCAGAACCACAGACCCAGUGCUAGCAUCUUAUGGAUACAUCUACUCCUGCCUUAACCUUUUGCUUGUCAUGGUGAUGGUGGUGUGUAACCUGGUGGUAGUAGUCACUCUGGCCAGGGUUAGGGACUACAGGAGGAAGCACAGCACCUGCUCCACCAACGCGGUGAUCAGUGCCGACGCUGGAGUGGACGACCAGUACCGCCAGCAGGCAAUAGCCAGACGUCGUAAACAGAAGGACAUAGAAUUACAGAUGAUUGUCGUAAUGUGUGCCAUCACAACCAUAUUUGCGGUAUGCUGGGUCCCUCUAAUGGUCCACAUCUCAAUGACCCUGGCCAUGGCGUCCAGUGGCACCGCUAACCACGUGCUGGGUCUGGUAGCUAUCCGACUGGCCAGCAUCAAUCAGACAUUAAACCCGUGGCUGUAUGUCAUUUUACGGCGGACACUCAUCGUUAAAGUCAAGAAAUUUUUCUGUCGGUGGAAGAGGUACUUAAGGAAGAGACCAAAUAUUAGCCAGUUGCCUGUAGGCAGAAGACAGCAGUAUGUCCAUGUCAGGCAUCAAUUGUGUCACAGAAAUAAUUUUGUUGGGGGAAAUAUUGAGGAGUCUAUGUCUGAUAGUCUGCGAAAGUCCAUCCAGCAAGCUAUCCCAGCAGCAAUGUCUCUUCCGGACGUGAUGAUGGUCAACACGGGCCGCCGAGAGCUCAGCAUGAUGCUCCCUGAUGUGGCCAAGGCCCAGUCUUAUGGGGGCCGAGUGUCUCACAGCUACAGUGCCGGCAACGUCAGUAGUUGCGUGGUGUGCCAGGCCCAGGCGGUUGUCUUCUGCAGAGACUGCUACCUAGAAAAACUAGGCCUGAAGGAGCAGACUCCCGAUAGGGAGAGCAGUGAUUGUCAUGGGAAACAUUGCCCAGAUCAAGAGAACAACAAAUCAGAGGAUAGGAAUUCCAAAAACUCAAAAUGUAUUGAUUAUCUCCGUUGUCUGCAAGGAGACGGAGCUCUAUGCUCUAAUUGCCAACCCGCGCUUUGUGAAAAUCACGAACACCUGGAGAAUGAUAGAUGUGCUCAUGAUGUAGACUUGAUGCCUUCCAAAGAUUCUAAGGAAAAAAACUGUGAAAGAUUUGAGCUCAACUCUUCUUUCAACAGAAAAAGAAUUCAAGACGCCUGCAAUGAGUCCUCGUCUCUCUUGGGGAGAUCUGGGGUGUUCCGACUCUCACAGCACCGGCACCCUCCUAGGGAGCCACUGAAGUCAACAGCCAGUGUUAAAUCCACUAAAAGCCCUAACCAUAACGACAGGUCAGGGCGACACCCAAGCGCCGCCUCCGGCGAAUGGGUCCUGGGCACGGACGAAAUUAAGAAGCGUGAUCGCGUGCUGUCCAACCCUCACGACCACGCGGACGUCCAUCCAGAAGAGAUGGACGAGUAUGAUGACGUGUUUGACGAGACAUACGAUAUGCUGGACAAACGGAAGUACUCUACUACGGACGACAACUGCUUUUCCAGCAUGCCCACAGAGUCAGUCUGUGUCUCAGAAUCCGUCAACACGUGUAAAUACACGAGGACUAAACAAAACGUACCGACAUCUUCCAGCACACGUACUCACGACGUUCCAGUCAGACCCUCGUCAGAGCUCAGACACAAUGACCCACAGACUAACGCGCAGAGCGCUCACACUAACAAUGUACCCACUACAUCUGGAGAUAGAAAAAACAGAAAGCAAACUGAACCCCGGGGCGCUAACUCGGCGGCCUCUCAAAGAAAUGAAGCAUUUGACGGCUCCUCGUCCCGAAGUAGUUCCAGCGCCCUAGACGACGAAGGUUCUUCUGGAAUCUUUAGUGCCGAGUCACCAGUAAGAAACAGUAAAGAGAUACCUAAACCCAAAUGGUUGAAGAAAAAGGAAUCCCAGUCCGAGUUACUACCUGACGAACUGGCAGCAGUCAAACAACCAGCCCGGCGAGUCAAGUCCUACAACUGAUAAAUUACCAAAGAUUAUAAUACACUACAGUGUGACCUCCCCUUACAAGUCAGAUUGUUUUCUUGUUAUUGCUUGCAUUAUUCCGCUUCUUGACGUAAAGAGAUUUUUGCAAUAUAAAGCCUUUCUUUUUAUUCAUGUAUUUUUUUUAAAGCAAAACUUAAUGUUGCCAUUUAUUUCUGUAAUUACUUAUGCAAUAAUUAGGUGCUUUUAUAUUGAAAUUGUACAUCUGAUCGACAGUGUUAUGAAUUUGUAUGCUCAGCAUUGAUUCGAUGGUGUAUCUGUAUUAUUCUGUACAUAUAUGAUCUGAAGGUUGUGAUAAAAAGAUGACAUAACUUUUAAUAUGAAUGUUAAUGCACAUUUUUUUUCUUCUAUGUUAAAAAGAUUAGUUUUUAAUAAUACAUUUAUUUUUUUUAAUGUCAGGGAGGUUGUUUUAAAAAAAAAUGUUUGAAAAUGUGCUAUUGUAUGUUUAUAUUGCUUAAUAUAUGUUAUUCAGUAUUGAAAUGUAAUAUUUUUAGACUUUUUAAUAAAUUGUGAAAAAACAUAUGGGUUAUGUCUAACAUAUACUUGUAGACCUAUUCCGGUAUGGAACAUGCGGACAUAUAUAGAUAUAUACAUAUGGAGAUAUAAAUAUAUAUUUUAUGCCUAACAAAGAGACCUCAUGUAUGUAUUAUAUUUGGUUCUUAAUGAAAACAACUGUAACAUGAGUCUGCUGAGCAUACCAGUGGCCAAUUGUAACAUGAGUCUGCUGAGCAUAUCAGUGGCCAAUUGUAACAUGAGUCUGCUGAGCAUAUCAGUGGCCAAUUGUAACAUGAGUCUGCUGAGCAUAUCAGGGGCGAAUUAAAAAUACAGCCAUCAUUAAUAAGCAAAAUAUUAAAAUAUGUGAUUUGAUACCUGGAAGUGGAACAGCUAACCUUGUACAAGAUACAGGCAGACAGAGUGAGUUGAUAAAAGUAGAUUUUUUAACUAACGCAAAGAUUUUAAACAAUCAAGACAUCCACUGACUUUAAAAAUCAAACCCUUAACAUAUAGAAUCGUAAUGGUAGAUGUGACAACUGGACAAUUGUUUCGUUUUAUGAUAAAGACUCAACGUCAAAAGCCAAGAAAAAAAUAAAUCAUGUUGGUGACUAUUUGUGAUCUUUUUUGUUUUUGGUUAAAUUAUGUGAUUCAAUGAACUAGACAGUAAUAUCUACUUCAAUGUUUAAUUCUGGAUAAGUUGAAAUGUAUGGCUAUUUGAAAUUACACUUUUUAUGUCACAACUAAUGUCAUAAGUAUGAUUGGUAUUCUGACCGUAUUCUCUUGUUUUAAUGCAUAAUAAUGUAUAUCAUAUAAUACACCAGAUCUUUGACAUGCCAUUCUAUUGUUUUCUUCUAAUCAUAAUGUUAAAGUCUUACACCCACGUACAGGCCAACACACAUCUCUCUCUCUCUCUUCUAUGAUUGCCUUGAAAUAAUAUGUAAACAUUUUGUUAUUCAUGCAUACAUUGUUGUUAUUAUUUUUGCUUUAUGAUUAAUAGAAACUUCACUGUCUACCAACAUAA